AUGAGAUCACAUGUACAUCAAACUGUUUUACCUGUGGUUAUAAAAGCUGAUCACCCAAUUCCAGUUUCAUGUAGCGUUUAUUAUUUCGAGAUAACCGUUAAUGUUAAAAGUCGUUCUGGUUUACUUGCUUUGGGUGUAUGUUCAUCACGUUCAUCUACAAAUGAAUGGCCAGGGAUGGAAUUUACAUCGUAUGGUUACCACAGUAAUAGCGGAACAAUUUAUCAUAAUUCCAAAGAACUACCCAUUUCUGCGCCUAGUUUUGGUGAAUCGGAUAUAAUUGGUUGCGGUGUGAAUUUUGUUAAUAAUUCUGUUUUUUUCACAAAAAAUGGUGUAUUCGUUGGACCAAUAAGUGCUGGUAAAAAGUUGCCACAUCCAGUCUAUCCUUGUAUUGCUUUCGCCUGUCCCAAUUGCCAUGUGAGCGUCAAUUUCGGUCAUCACAAAUUUGCAUACAAUAUUGGUCAGUAUAUUGCUCGUGAACGUGCUGUAGCAAUAAGUACAGCAGUCGAUCGUAAAUGUAAUGAUCAGUUAGCUUAUGUGACAAUGAGAAAGUGA